UGCUUUUUUUCUUUUCUUUGUUUUUUUCUUUCAUUUCCGCUUUCUCGGUAAUAACACGAACAGAAAAAAAAAAAAACAGUAUUUCUCCAUUCUCUCGGGGGACUGCUUUUGAUAUUCUCAAAAGGAACAAAAUCCAUGCCGAAUCAAUCGCAAUUACUCUCGUAGAUCUUACGAUCGCCAUUCUUCUCCCCUUAAUUUCAUCUACUCCAUCGGCAUCGCCGAAUUCCUUAUUUUCUUCAUUCAUUUUGAUUAACAGAGCAGAAGUCUCCAAUUCUUGUUUUCUUUUCCCGAGAAAAUUCAGAUCCAUAUGUGCUCACCAAUUGCUAUUUAUUGUUAUUCUUAUCAUUUCUUUCAUUUAUUGGAGUUUUAAUAUUUGAUUGCAAUUUGUUUGCGAGCAUGGAAGGAGGUGCGCGGAGGCUAACGCUGUGGGAUCAGAUGUCCGCGGUGGACGGCGGCGGUUCGGGGGAGGCGCUAUCCGGCUUGACUCUAAACGACGUGCUGAGAAGCACGGCCGAGAAGCGAGCCGCCACCCCCGCUCAACCAGCUUCUCCGGCGGCUCCGCUGAGCAAUCGGACCCUCCUGGACGUGAUCCGAGAGCAGGACCUUAACGCCAGGUCGUCCUUCAAAAAUCUCAUUGAGAGCCACCCUGACCACCACCACAAUGGCAGGGACAAGAAGGCUUGGAAGAGCUUCAAGGACAAGCUCCGUCUCAAGCGCGCCGGGGCUGCUUGGACCUCGUCCGUCCCUAUCCCGGCCUCGGAUAUCCCAAUACAGAAUAGUAAUAUUAGUGACAACAAUAGUAGGCUGCUUUCGCUUUCUAGGCGCAACUCGGUCCGGUUCCAGUACUCGCCCGAGCCGACCCAGUCGGAGGACGAUCCGAGUUGUUCCUCGUCUUCCUCAGGUCCGGGUUUCAGGCCGCAGAUCACGCGCCGGAGCUCAACCCGGUUCGGGCAGUUAUUGGCUUCGAUUCCGUCGGAGUCAACUCAGGACGGCGACUCGGACUCCUCCGACGCUGCUCCUCCAAGGGUUCCGAGUCUCAGACCACAAAUCUCGCGCCAUAACUCCACGCGCUUCCUGUCGACCCCGCGCCAGAACUCAAUGUACAACAGGGACGCCAUUGACGACGACGAAGACGAAGACAGGGAGGAGGCUACAUCUCCGCAUGCGCCUACGCGCCAACUCGCGGCGGUAUUGGCGGAGGAGAGAGCGCUCUCGGCGCGUGAAGCCGUGGCCGCACAGGAAGCGGCGGAGGCGGCGGCGGCAGCGGAGAGAGAAGUACCGGCGGAAGAUAUGGCGGAUACGGAGGUGCCAGUGCCGGUGGUGAGGAUGUCGUUGAUGGACCUGAUGGACUAUAACAUGGCGGACGAGGAAGAAGACGAGGAGGCUGAAGAGGAGGAGGAGGAGGAGGAGGAGGAAGUUGCGGCAGUAGGAGGGGGAGGAGCGGAGCACAACUGCUGCGUAUGCAUGGUGCGGCAUAAAGGUGCGGCGUUUAUACCGUGUGGCCACACUUUCUGCAGGCUGUGCUCCCGGGAGCUCAUGGUCUGCAGGGGUAACUGCCCUCUCUGCAACCGUUUCAUCUUGGAAAUCCUUGACAUUUUCUAAUAUUUAUUUUUUGACAUCCUUUUAAUUAUAUUCAUAAUUCCACAUUUUGGCUACAAAUUUUUUUUUUUUAUUGCUCUGCUAUUGAAGUGGAAACCUCGAAUUUCUAUUUUUGGUAUAUUGUUUAUAUUUUGUCUGUUUCGAUUUGUUUAUAAUUUGUUAAGUCUGUAACAACGGUCACCUUGCCCAUUUUGGGGCUAUAAGCAUGUAACGGAUUCCACAUUGACAAUUAUGGAUUGAGAUCGAUCUUACCAGUU